AUGGAAGCAAUUGGUUCAAAAUAUUUAAAUAAAAAUAAUAUUUUAACAACAAGAUAUUUUAAUAAUAAUACAAUUUAUCUUGAUACAAUUAAAUCAUCAGAUGGAAUGACAACAAUUAAUGUUAAAGAUAUUCUAUCAAAUAAUGAAAUUGAUGAAAUAAAAGAGAAAAUGAAAGAAACAAAUAUAUAUAUUGAUGAUAUUAGAGAUGAUGUAUCACAAUUAAUAACAUUAAAUACAACAAAUAUGAAUGAAAUUAAUAAUUUAACAUCUCAAUUAAUAUCUUUAUCUUCUCUUGUUAAUGAAUCAUUAUAUUCACCACUUUAUUCUAAUGAAGAAUCAUUAUUAAAAAUGACUUCUUUAACAUCUUAUAUUAACACUGAAAUAUCAAGAAAUACAACCAUUACACAAUUGGAUAUAAUUAACACAAUUGGAAUUAAAGAUCUGAAACAUAAUACAUACACAUUUCCUUUAUCAACAUUAAUGUCAUGGGGAACUGAUUCAUCAAAAACUUUUAAAAAUACAAGUACAGACCAUAAAAUGUAUAUCUUUCAAUUUAUGUUUAUACCAAAUACUGAUUCAUAUUCAACAAAGAAAACAAAAAUUUACUUUAAUUCAAAUAGAAUUGAUUCAGGAAAUUCAACUAAUAUUGAAAAAUUAGCUGAUUAUGGUGAAUAUUAUAGUAAUGGAUAUAUGAUAUUCACCACUAAAGAAUAUGUUAGUACUGUUGGAGUAUAUAUGUUAAAUUAUAAUGAUGGAACACUUACAUAUAAAAAUGCAGUUGAUAUAGUUCAAUCAUCACCAAAUCAAAGUUUUAUUUAUUAUAUUAAUUCAAAAACACCAUUUGAUGUUUGGAAUGAUGACGAAAUAAAGAAAUGA